AUGGAAGAUCUCGAAUCUAGUAUACAAUCAUGGCUCGCCGACAACAUCACCGACCUCGAUGACCGUACGACAGAAACGAUAUUUGGUCGCUAUUUGACCAACAUGGCGCCCACAUUCCCGGUCGUCGUCUUUGCGCCAGGAACAAAGGCGGCCGACGUCCGAAGUGCUAAUCCUCUUCUUUUCCUGGCCAUUCUCGACGUGGCCUCGUCGGGAUUCUGUGCGCUUGAAACUCAGAGGAAGCUGCGGAAGCUGAUUGUUCAGGCAUAUGUUCAUUGCAUGCUCCGGACGGAACAGUAUACAAUCGGAUUGCUCCAGGCCCUAAUUGUGUCUGCCACAUGGUAUCGCACGAUCGAGCCUGUAGAGCCCGGGGAACAGAUGGACAUUUACCAGAUUAGCCACACCGCAGCGAAUAUGGCUUUGAUCAUGAGAUUAGGGGAGACUCUGAACGCCAGAUCUGGGGGUAGUUCCCAGGCUGAGUCGUUGGAAGCUCGGAGAGUAUGGCUAGGGUGUCACUACAUUUGCUCGAAGUAA